GCGUGCAGUUCUCGAUCAUCCAGUUUCCAUUCGGACCAGUCGUGGAUUCGAAAUCAAUCCAAUCCGGUCCAAUCCAAUCCGAUCCGAUACCCUCCGACUCGAAAUGCAUCCUGCCUCGCCGCAUCAGCACCGCGCGCGCCUCAACAUCGGUUCGCCGGGAUCGGGUGGUGUCCAGGCCUCCUCCUCGACGGAGACCUUUCCCCUCACCCCGCAGCACCAGUCCUCGCAGCAUGCGAUCCACGUGCCGCCGCCACCCGCAUCACUGCCCUACCAGGGACUCAAAACCUCUGAAAACGAUGACAUGGGCUGCGUGGAGAUCCUGGCCACGGUGGUUUCCGUGCUGAUCAUGGUGCUGACCUUUCCCAUCUCGGUGUUCAUCUGCUUCAAGGUGGUUUCCGAAUACGAGCGGGCGGUGAUCUUCCGGAUGGGACGACUGCGCAGCGGUGGAGCCCGUGGACCCGGAGUCUUCUUUGUGUUGCCCUGCGUGGAUGACUACUAUCCGGUGGACCUGCGCACCGUCUCCUUCGACGUUCCCCCGCAGGAAGUGCUCUCAAAGGACUCGGUGACGGUCACUGUGGAUGCGGUGGUCUACUACCGCAUCAGCGAUCCCCUCAAGGCGGUCAUCCAGGUGUACAACUAUAGCCACUCGACCAGUCUCCUGGCGGCCACCACGUUGCGCAAUGUGCUUGGAACGAGGAAUCUCUCCGAGUUGCUUACCGAACGCGAGACCAUCUCGCACACGAUGCAGAUGUCCCUGGAUGAGGCUACUGAUCCCUGGGGCGUUAAGGUGGAACGGGUGGAGAUCAAGGAUGUUUCCCUGCCCACUGCUCUUCAGCGGGCAAUGGCCGCCGAGGCGGAGGCGGCGAGGGAGGCGAGGGCCAAGGUGAUUGCCGCCGAGGGUGAGAUGAAAUCCUCGAGAGCUCUACGCGAAGCCUCCGAGAUCAUCUCAGCCAGUCCUUCUGCCUUGCAGUUACGUUACCUGCAAACCCUGAGCAGCAUUUCCACCGAAAAGAACUCCACCAUCAUCUUUCCACUGCCCAUGGAGCUGCUCACACCCUUUCUGAACACACACGCCCACUCGCAGCAGCUGCAACUGCAACACCAGCAGCAGCAACAGCAGCAACAUCAACAGCAGCAACAGCAGCAGCAGCAGCAGCAACAUCAGCAACACCAGCUACAUGCGAACGCCCCUGCCACGCCCCUUCAUCGACACCAACACCAACACCACCAGUGACGCACG